AAAUUUCCAGCGUAUCCGUAAUUUCCGGGCGAAAACGGCGAAAAAGAAACGUCAACGCGUGCCGUCUCUUUCAGGUUCUUUUUCCGGUCGGCCAUCAGUGCCAGUGAAACACAUUUCACUAAAGCCAAAAUGGGUAAGAUUAUGAAAACUGGAAAGGUGGUACUCGUCCUCGGUGGACGGUACGCCGGUCGCAAGGCCAUCAUCAUGAAGACGUUCGAUGACGGUACAUCGGACAAGCAGUUCGGCCAGGCCCUGGUUGCCGGUAUCGACCGCUACCCACGUCGCGUGACGCGAACGAUGAGCAAGGACCGCAUCCACAAGCGUUGCAAGAUCAAGCCAUUCAUCAAGAUGCUGAACUACAACCAUCUGAUGCCGACGCGUUACAGCGUGCCGGACGUGAGCCUGGACAGCAAAUACAGCGCGGCCGACAUGAAGGAUCCGGCCAAGCGGAAGAAGGCUCGCAACCAGAUCCGUUGCAAGUUCGAGGAGCGACACAAGACCGGCAAGAACAAGUGGUUCUUCCAGAAGCUCCGUUUCUAAGCCUACUACUCCU